AUUAGAUACAUCGGUCGCAUGAAACGGAUCGCGUUACGUACGGCGUCCAAGGACCGACGCCAUCUAACGUCUUAGCAUUCCUGUUUUUUUCGUGCGGUAAAUCCACAGCUUUUGAUAAACGCGUAGUUUUCUUUAUAUUUUGUUUACAUCAUAUUGUAUUAAGCUAAAAUACUUGAAGAUAAUUACAAUGUAUCGUGGUGUGCUUUUUAUAUGGUAGUUAUAGAGCGGGAAUUAUACGCGGGAAAAGUCCAGAAGAAGAUGAGUUAACCGUGGCGCUCGGCCUUAGCCAACAACUUCGAAGCUACAUCAUCGUCAGAUUACCUAUAGGCGCUUGUUUGUAUUAUUUAAUACAAAGGUUUUAAUAAUUAGAGUGCCUAUUUGAGGCACUUUGGGGCAUGAGUACAUCGGCUAUUAAGUCAUCCAUGCCAGGAGUAGGAACUACACCACCCACACCGGGACACCCUAUACUUCCAAUGAAUGUUGUGGCGCAAAAAGUUGUACCAGGAAGUGAUUCUGGUGCUAUGAAGCCUUUAAGUGGUAGUAAUUUGAGUUAUGUUACUCUACAACCAGCCAGUCAACCUCUAAGUUUAGUGCAGGAUCACAGAUCACAAGUUUAUCAGACACCUUACUCUAGUAAUAAUACUGAAAGGGAAUCAGAAGCUGAUAAAUCAGCUAUUUCUAAUGGACUGGAAGCAAUAAAAGUGGCAAUGGAUCAAGAAUCAAUAGCUCUACCUAAGCAGAGUCAAGAAGCCAGCAGAAACAAUAAUUUUAGUCCUGAAGCACCAGUGGAUAGUCAAGAAGUUAAAGCUGAACCUCAACCUUCUUCUACAACCAAUGAUCCUACACCGGUGAGUACAGUUGUACAGCCUAAAGUUGAAGAAAAGAAAAUACCUGUCAACAAUGGGACUAAAGAGUUAGAUGCAUCUCCUGAUACUUCAACAGCUGUAUCUCCACAACCUAAACCUUCUCAAAAAACGGAGGAAUCUUUAGAUAAAACAGAUGCUGUACAAAAAGUAAAAGCAACGACCCCCACAAAGCCUUCAAAUGAUAAUUCCCCAACGUCAACUGUUAAAUCUGAGCCAAAAAGCUCAUCUCCAGUGCGUGCUCCAAAACGGAAAUCAAGGGAAUUAAAAGAUUUAAAAGGUGCUACUGGUGAAGGUGGAAGCAAACCUAAAAGAAAUCGUGUUCAAACUCAACCUUAUCAAAGUCCAUUACCAGAAAUUGCGUUAAUUGUUAAAACAUUAAACAAAGCACCUACUACAAAAAAUCCUGAUGACAAACUUAUUGUAUUUUACAAAAACGAAUUUUUAGCCGUACGAAAUGCAGAAGGUAGCUUUUAUGUCUGUCAAGCUAUGCAAAAUAUUUACAAGUCUAGCCGACGUAUUCGUAUACGUUGGCUAUCACAAGAUAAAAACAACGGUGAAAUAUAUUCACCAGAUUUUUAUGACGUAACUGAUUUCGACUGUAUACUAACGAACCUAAAUUUAAACAAAGUUGAUAAAAAUAAAUAUCAAUUGACAAAGAUUGAAUUACUACGUACGGAGAAUAUUUUGAAAAGAGCCAUAGAUGUUGAAGCAGGGGUUUCAGAAAAACCAAGCGUUACGGAAGAGCAUCCAGAUGGAUUGGAUUUAUCUCUAUACAAAGACGAGUCUCAAUUGAAAAGGAGGAAAGGAGUAACUAAGCCGAAGCAAAGACAACGUAAGAGAUCAAAACGCGAGUCUUCUUCGAGCUCCUCGGAAGAUGAUUCAUCUGAUGAAGAUUCCGACAAAAAAUCUUCCAAAUCAAACCGCGUUAAAAAACGUACUACAAAUAAAGCAUUGGCAAUUGCUAAAUCCGUGGCAAAGGUGCCUACACGUUCAAAGCGUGUUUUGAACCGAGGAAACAAAGCUAAUUCUAUGGAUGACAAUACCAGCUCCGGAGAUAGCAGUAAAGGGGCCGCAGAUUCCAAAAAACCGGACCCUAAAAAACCUCGUAAACCAACAACAGCAAAUGUAAACGCAUCUUCGAGAACAAAAUCACGUGGGUCAACACAACAAACAAAAGAGGUGAGCAGUAAUAGCACAACGAGACGUGGCAAAGUGACUACUACAACUGGGACCCCAACAGCUGAGGAAUCAUCUUCUCGAAAAACAUUACGUAGCAGAACGUAAAACCUAUUCAUCUAUUAUACUAUUGAAAUAUAAAUACAUCAAGAUCCGGCAUGUGGAUGAUAUAAAAUCAUUAUAUAACCCGCAAAUGUCAUGUUAAAAAGAUGGCCUGUAUAAAAUUAUAUCAUGAAAUCACUGAUACAUAAAUAUUAUUGUUUUCAUCGGCGAUAUCAUGAUAUUAAAGUGGUAUUCAGAGAGUAAGAAAGAGAGAAAGAGAGAGAGAGAGAAAAAAAGAGAGUUACCUAAAAAAAAAUUAAUUUAUUAAUAAUUAAUAAUUAAAUAUUCUGACCAAUAUACAUGUAAAUUCCAAAUAGUUGUCUUUUUUUCAACGACAUUGCUGAUAUUGUUCGCGUUUCGGAUCUUAUUCAUGCUAUAAGCAAGUCAUAAAAUGUGUGAAGAUUGAAAAUAAAUAAUUAGAAAAAAAAACAAUCUUUAGGGUAGAUAAUAAUUAUCUACAAAAGUUUUUAUCACACAUUAAAUGCACUGCAAUAAUCUAUUUUUGAUGUAAGUGAAUCGUUAAUUUUACUGCGUUUCAAGAUUCACUUUUCAUUGGAUAUAACUAUGUACAAAUAUAAGUUUGGAAUAUAUAAGUGAUUCUGUACAACAGAACAGAUGAAAGACGAACUAAGA